CGGGCGAUGUUUCGGGGGCUGUUKCUGUGGCUGAGCCUCCGCGCUGUCUCCCCGAACCCCUCGUGUCUGUCAGCGCAGCUCCGGAGCCCCGGGGAUUUUAUCCUGGGGGGGCUCUUCCCCUUGGGGAAGGACGCGGUGAAUCUUUCGGGGCGCUCGGAGCCCACCCCGCUGCUGUGUGACAGGCAGAACAGAGCUCAGCCCACUCUGAUCCGUGUGAGCUACGGAGCCAGCAGCGAGAGCCUGAGCAACACRGAGCUCUACCCGUCCUUCUACCGCACCGUGCCCAGCGACAARAACCUGGCGGAGGCCGUGGUGCAGCUCCUCAACCAGUUUGGCUGGAACUGGAUCGCCACGGUGGCCAGCGACGACGAGUACGGCCGCGGGGCGCAGGCGCUGUUCCUCAGCAUGGUGGGCAACGACAACAUCUGCGUGGCUUUCGAGGGCUUGGUGCCCACCGAGCUGGCCCAGCCSGGCGCCCGGCAGCAGCUGGACGACACAAUCCGCUUGAUCAACAGCACCAAAGUCAACGUGAUCGUGCUGUUCGCCUACAACCUGCCCGCCCGCGCCCUGCUGGAGCGCAGCAUGGCCAUGGGGCUGGGCAAAAAGCUAAUCAGCGUUGUCACUGUUAUCACUGUGACCCUCCUGUCCCCAAAUUGGUUUAAUCUCACCCCUCAGCUGCUGCACUUCAUGAACACCCUCCCGUUCGAGGUGAACGGCCAGACCUUCAGGUUUGACCAGUCCCAUGGCACCAACGCUGGCUACAAACUCAUCUUCUGGUCCUGGAGCAACGGCWCCCUGAGCCACCUGCCCGUGGGCGACUAUGAGCAGUCCCUGUACAUCCACAAGGCGCAGAUCCGCUUCCACACCGCCGACCAGAAGGAGCCGCCGUCCGAGUGUUUCAGGCGCUGCCAACCAGGGCAAUUCCGGAGGAUCAAAGGGUUCAACCUGUGCUGCUACGACUGUACCGACUGCCCCGAGAACACCUUCUGGAGCAGCACGGACAGCACCAGCUGCUCUCCRUGCCCUCAGCACCAAUGGUCCCCAUCUCGCAGCACGCACUGCCAGGACCGCUCCGAGCGCUUCCUCUCAUGGCACGAGCCGCUGGCCGUGGCCCCUCUGGCCGUGGCGGCGCUGACCGCUGCCCUGAGCUCCGGCACGGCCCUGCUGUUCAUCCGGCACCGUCACACACCGCUGGCGCGUUCCUCGGGCGGCGGCCGUGGGCUCAUGGCGCUGCUGGCGCUGCUGCUGCUCACCCUCAGCUGCGGGCUCUACGUGGGCCGGCCGGAGCGCGGCCGCUGCGCCGCCCAACAGCUCAGCUUCGCGCUGGGGCUGGCCGCCUGCCUGUCCGCCCUGCUGCCCACGGCGCUGGCCAUCGCUCUGAGGGCUGAGCUGCCCGGCCAUGCCGCCCGGUUCCUGCCGUGGGUGACGGGCCACCGGGCCUGGCUGAUGGUGGCCAUGUCCUUGGUGGUGCAGGCCGUGCUGUGCGGGUGUCACCUCGGUCUUGGCGCUGAUGAACCGCUGGCUGAUUACACCUCCCUGCCUGGGCAGGUGCUGCUGGUUUGUGACACAAAAUCCUGGCCGGCUUUCGCUCUCCUUCACGGCCACAACGGCUGCGUGGCCUUUGUUUGUUUUCUGUGCACUUUCAUGGUGCCCGGCGCCGCCGGCCGCCACAGCCUGGCCCGGGGCAUCGCCUUCGCCACGCUCGGCUAUUUYAUCGUCUGGAUUUUCUUCGUGGUGAUUUUCGCCACGCUCAGGACGGUGCUGAGGGCCGUGGCGCAGAUGUGCACGGUGCUGGCCACGGYGUUGGCCAUCCUGGGCAGUUUUUUCUUGCCCAAGGCUUACAUCAUGGUGUGUCGGCCCGAGCUGAACACCGAUGAGUAUUGCAGGGAUCCCGGCGAGGAGGAGCCGGGGGAUUCCGUGAGGGGACAAUAA